AUGUUGCGGUCGCUUGUGUUUAAACGGGCACAAUCGCUGCUUAUCGUCAAUCCGUUGGAGGUAGCCAACGCUCAUAUCAUCAGGGAGCUGCUGAGCCGGUUUGCGAAGCCGGCGGUGGUGCUGUUCGACGGGUUCGGCACCCUCUGGAUCCCGCGGACGCCGGUACCGGAGCAGUACCAGAAAGUGGCUUCGUCGUUGGGAGUGGACUUGGAUACGGCUACCAUUGAACUGCGAUUCAAGCUGGCAUACUCUGAUUUGCAGAAGCAGUACCCGAUCUACGGUAAAGGCCAAUUGAAGCUGAGUGACGCGUGGUGGAAGUUAUUGGUCAACCAAGUGUUCCAGCUUAAGGAUGAGAAGAAAGCCGAUGAGCUUUCCACUGCUCUCAUCCAACACUUUCUCAAUGACGACGCCUAUAAGCUUUACGACGACGUGAUCCCCUGUCUUGAUGCUCUCCACGAAGCCGGUGUACCUCUAGUGCUUUCAAGCAACACCGACCCUAACGUGUACACCCUUUUACACAAUUUGGGGCUUGAGAAGUACUUUGGCGACAACGUGUUCAUUUCCUACGAGCUUGGCGUGGCCAAGCCUGACCGUCGCUUUUUCACGCAUGUGGCCAAGACCAAGUACGGGGCCGGAAAGCUGUUUAACUACGACUUCUUGGAGAAUUGCUGGCACGUCGGCGACUCGUUUGAAGUUGAUUUUGUCGGUAGUGUCAAAUCUGGCUGGAACGGGGUGUUGUUGGACAGACACCGCACCUCGGAGUUCUUUGUGGCUAAAGAUAAUAUUAAAGUGGCGCAAGAUGGGUGCUUUAUGAGCCCCACGGGAGAACAGGACAACCCCGACAUGUUAGUGGUGGCGAAUAACCGUAUAGUCAUUGGUGGCCUUGACCAAAUCCCCCCAUUAUUCGGCAUCCAGGAAUAA